AUUAACGAGAUUUUAUCAAAAUGAUUUUUACGAUGUUUUUUAAAGAUUGUGAGGAGUAUGACAUAUGUAGUUACAAUUCUUGUUGGAGGGUUUAAGGCUUUUAACAAACACGGAAGGAAGCACUAUUGCUUGACCGAAUUAAAGAGCCACAGUCUCGAGAUCAGCAGGCAAUCUAACCUCAAAUAUUACAUUUAUGACCUAAAAUAUGAAAUUAUUAAUAUUAUAAUGUUAAGUUGUCGUUGGCCUUAGUCAUCCAUUACAUCUGGUUGCUAUAGUAUUAAAUAAAAAGGUUUUGGUGUAAUUGAGAUGCAGGCCUGACCCCUCCACAUUGGUUACUCCUCAGCAGAUCCUCUCUCCUUCCUUCCGGAUGGCCGGAGGAGUGAUGGAAAGCAUUGUGAUCCUUGAUGACGAUGAUGAAGAAGCUUGCAUAUCUGCAUCCACGUCCUAUUCUAAUGCUACGAACUGCCAGCUGAAAACACCUGUGAAGAAGCAGCUGCCGUCUCCAACACACAUCACGCAGUCUCCGUUCGCCUCCGCAAAGAAAGAUGUGCAUGUCCUAAAAGUGGAGAAUGAAAAACUCUUUGCAGAAUUUGUGGACCAUUGCUCCAAAUACUCUCAGGACCAUCCCGAGGUCAUGACCUACCUCCAGACCAGAUACUCUAAGGCCCUGCCGACCUUCCUGACGUCGGUGGAGUUUCGUAACACCAUAGGCCGCUGCCUCACACGAGCCCAGGCCAACACGGGCAAAACCUUUGUCUACAUUAAUGAACUCUGCACCGUUCUUAAACAGCACACAGCUCGGAAAAGAAGCUCCAUACAGUCUGUGCCCUCCCAGACUAAACCUGAGCACACGAGCAAUGGCACAGGUGUAAAUGAGGAGGCACAGGUUAAAGAAAAAGAGGAAAAACAAGAGGCGGAUGAGGAAACCAAGAAACCUAAAAGGGCUUCAAGGAGACAGAUCGCAUACCUGGAAAACCUGUUGAAGGUGUAUAAUGAGGAGAUCCGGCGGCUCCAGGAGCGGGAGCUGAGUAUCGAUGAUCUGGAGAAGGAGGACUCCAGCUAUAUUCAGGAGCACAAGCUCAAACGCAAGAUGAUGAAGAUCUAUGAGAAACUGUGUGAGCUGAAGGACUGCGACACACUGACGGGUCGAGUGAUCGAGCAGAAGAUUUCCUACGGUGGGACACGCUACCCAGAGAUCAACAAAAAGAUUGAACGCUACAUUAACAGUCCAGAAGCUCUUCACAAUCCACCGGACUACACAGAUAUCCUGAAGGUGGUUCAGCGCGCCAACGAACGCUACAAACUCAUGCUCGCCCGCAAACAAAUCAUUCAGAUCGCUCAAGAUGCCUUCAGAGAGACGGGCAACAAACUACAGGAGAGACGGCAUCUCGACAUGGUCUAUAACUUCGGCUCCCACCUCACAGAUUCCUUCAAACCUACAUUAGACCCUGCUCUCACUGAUCCAGCUCUGACUCGCAAGCUCCGCUCAAACAGAGACAUGGCUCUCAGCAGCCUAGAGGAGGUGAUCACCAGAUACGCCACGAAACAGGAAGACAUCGAGGUAGAGGAGAUGAGGAAGAGACAAGAGAGAGACAGACUGAAAAAAGAGGCACUUAAUGGACAGCAGAGUGACGGCAAAGAGAAAGAAAAAGAGAAAGAAGAGGAACAGGAAGAAAAACAAGAAGAAGAAGAAGUAGAGGAGGAGGAGGAGGAAGAUGAAGAAGAAGAGGAUGAUUCCUCUGAUCCUGACAUUGAAGAGGAGAUCCAGGCCAGUCGAGAACAAGCUGGUCCAGAUGACGAUGAAGAGGAUGCUGAAGAAGAGCAUCUGAACAACAGUGACAAUGAUCAGCCGAUAGAUGAGAACUCUCCUCUGUCCAUCAAAUCAUCGGUGCAGGACACCAAGGAGGAUCCGGGCGAUGACGACCAGCGUUCUCCAGCCAGCAGCACACACGAGACAGGACCUGAAACAGACACAGACGGCAGACCUGCCAAACAAAGCCCUCCGUUCACAGAGACUCUGGAUCCGAUGCCUACAGACGAGACCGAACCUAUCUCCUGGAGUGACAUCAAGAGCACCACUUCCUGCACUGAGACGAUCUCCACCAAUCAGCACACACCGUCAACACCUGUGAGAUCAGCCACCUGCAGUCCUCUACCUCAAACAAGCCCUCUGCUGAUCGACGAGAUGGGCAACUACAAGAAGAGGAAACGAUCCUCGCCUGGAAAACAGACCGCUGCCUUCAAUGGGACCUGCACACGGGACAGGGAUAUUCCUCUGAAUAUGGGUGUGAUCUGCUGUCCUGAGGAAGAAGAUUUAACCAGGACGAGGAGUUCGGCUCAGGUCACGGGCCGGAGCUCACGAGACACACCUCCGCCCAAGAAAAAUAAGGUGAAUGUGGCGACUCAGUGUGACCCGGAGGAAGUGAUCGUUCUGUCUGAUUCGGACUGAGUCACAGGGUACAGAGCUGGCAUCAGUCAGCGUCCUGCUCCGUUAGUGCCUGCCAGUGUGAACAGAGAACUAAAAAACUUGAUUUUACUUCGGACUGGUUCAGUCAGGGUUUCAACCACUCGUACGCAAUGCCACCGUUUACUUUUUAUACAAGGGAAAAUGGCUCGCUGUUAUCCAUUCAGGCUUUUAAGAGGUAUUUUGGUAUAUUGUGUAUGGGACUUGCCUCUAAACAUUCUUACCCCGAGGGUUUAUCUUGUAUUGUAUUUAUGGUUUUAGUUUGAGGGUUUAGAUGCAAUCCUCAUCUGUGCCAAGAGUCAUGAGGGGAAGAGUACUUUCUCUUCUCAACUCAAUAAAUGCUCCGUUUUGUAUUACAUGUUGAUAACUUUA